AUGGGAAAUAAAGCUGGUGGUAAAGGAAAAAAAGAUCCUACGAUAUUAAGCGAUGAUGAUAUUAAAGAAUUAAAAUUAAAUACUCAAUAUACUGAAGAAGAGAUUCAAGCAUGGCACACAGGUUUUCUCAAAGAUUGUCCGUCGGGUAAACUCGAUAAGAAACAAUUUCUAAACGUCUAUAAGAAAUUCUAUCCCGAAGGGAAAGCGGAUAAAUAUUGUAAUUUUGUAUUCAAAGCAUUCGAUACGGACAAUAAUAAUUGGAUUGAUUUUACGGAAUUUUUACUUGCUGUCGGAGUGUCUCAACAUGGAAAUCUCGAAGAAAAACUGAAAAUGGCAUUUGACAUUUAUGAUCAAAAUAAAGACGGCCGAAUUAAUCGAAAAGAUAUGACAAAAAUCAUCGAAGCUAUGUACGAUUUAGCUAAUGAAGAAGACCGUAGUGGUGAUAAAUCACCCGAUAAACGUGUUGAUUUGAUUAUGCAACGUUUGAAUAAGGAGAAAGAUGAUGUUGUUCUUCGAAAUGAAUUUGUUCAAGGUUGCCUUCGAGAUGAAUUUCUACGUAAAAUUCUGGCACCGAACACUGCAAUUCUACCAGGCGGACAGACAUCGAAGACGACGACGACGACGACAUCAACGAACGUUCCAGUAAAUUCAAUAUCCACCGAAACGGGUGCCGAUGUUUAA